UGUCCGGUCGGCUGUGCCAAUGGGCGCACUGGGAAGGCUGGGUUAGCGGGUGGAGCGGGGGAAGCAGCCCAGUUGAUUUGCGGCUCCACAUCGCCUCCAUACAUCGCUUCCACAGUGCGGAUGAAGAAGAUUUUGUGAAAUUAGCAAUUACAGAUUAUACUUCUUUAGCCUGAUAAUACCUUUCUGUCUGGGGUCCUGGAUUUACACAGAGGAGGAACGGGGAGCCGAUCAUCCGUCGUUCUCUUGGUACCAGGGAGCACGUGACCCCGGAGAUGAACAAGCUUCGUCAGAGCCUGAGGAGGAAGAAGCCCACCUACGUGCCAGAGGCCAGCAGACCGCAUCAGUGGCAGGCUGACGAGGAGGCUGUACGUAAGGGCAAAUGUAACUUCCCUGUUCGGUACCUGGGGUUGGUCGAGGUGGAGGAGUCGAGAGGAAUGCACGUAUGCGAGGAUGCAGUGAAGAAGCUAAAAGUUAGUGGGAAAAAGACAGUCAAGGCAGUAUUGUGGGUUUCAGCAGAUGGACUCAGGGUGGUGGAUGACAAAACUAAGGACCUUAUUGUAGACCAGACCAUAGAGAAGGUUUCAUUCUGUGCCCCCGAUCGUAACUAUGACAAGGCCUUCUCCUACAUCUGCCGAGACGGUACUACCAGACGGUGGAUGUGCCAUUGCUUCAUGGCUCUCAAAGACUCGGGGGAGAGACUAAGCCAUGCAGUUGGCUGUGCCUUUGCCGCCUGUCUGGAGAGGAAGCAGCGCAGGGAGAAGGAGUGCGGCGUGACGGCUUCCUUUGACGCCAGUCGCACCUCAUUUGUGCGUGAGGGCUCCUUCCGCACUAACCCUUCCUGCCAGCAGAGCAGCAGCAGCGAUAGAGAUGACAAGCUGCAGGACAAGAAGAAAGACCAACCUUCUGCCAUUCCAGCCCUCCCACCUGGCACCGCCUCCCCACCCGAGGGUGCAGCCUCCCCCAUGGAGCGGCCAGAGCCUGGCGGGCCUCAUGCAAUCCCUCGCCGCCACGCGCCCAUCGAGCAGCUGGUGCGCCAAGGCUCGUUCCGGGGAUUCCCGGCCCUCAGCCAGAAGAACUCUCCCUUCAAGAGGCAGCUGUCACUCCGCCUCAAUGACCUGCCAUCCACACUGCAACGCAAGACCGACUUCCAGGACAAGAACCCUGUACCAGAGAUGGAUAUGGGGUUGCCAGAUGAGGGAGACUGUAGUAUCAAUGCCCUGUGUAGCCAGAUCAACACCUCCUUCACCAAUCCAUCGGAAGAGCUUUUCUCCAACCCCGCUUUGUCUGCAAAUGGCCCUCCAACCUGCACUGUGCCCCCUGCCCUGCCUCCACCACCUGCACCAAUGCAGGGCACUUCUUCCUGGGCGCAGCCCGAGCCUCCACUCCACUCUCCUCCUCCGGUAUCUGUGGCGAUGCAGAUGCAGAUGCAGAUGCAGAGUGGACACAGACGCACACCCUCCGAGGCUGAGAGAUGGUUGGAGGAGGUCUCAAAGGCUGUCAAGGCUCAACAAACCCCUCCUCCAGGCCCCACCAUCCCCACCAUCCCUGGACCACCCUCCAUGUCAUGUCAGCAGAUGUCCAAUCAGGCAGUCAUAUCAGCUGCCCCAGUGUCCACUGUCCCUAUGUCCCUUGGCACCAUGUCCAAACCUCUCCACUCAGGCCCCUCUGCUCACUCAGGUCAGGCGCCGAUGCCCCUCCCACCCAUGGUAAUAUCAUCAAUUCCUCUAAUACCAGGCCCUCCAGUGUCAGGCCCUCCUAUGUCGCUACCUUCCAUGUCCAUUCCCACAAUGUCCGGUCCGAGCAUGUCUGGGGCCCCCAUGAUCCAGCCCUCCCUUCCUGGGCCCCCAGGCUCCCUUCCAUGCUCCAUGCAACCCUUUCCCUUGGCUUUUGAUACCACCCCAGCUCCUGUGGGAAUGUUCGCAAGCCAGCCUGUCCAGCCGACAUUUGUGCCCAUGCAGACCUACAUGCCAGGCCUGGCCAGCAGUAUGACAUAUCCCAAUGCCAGUGUGCCUGUGGUAGGCAUCACACCAUCGCAAAUGGUGGCUAAUGUCUUCUGCACCGCUACAGGCUCAUCUGGGGCAGGUGGAGCCAUGGGCUCGGCUCUAGGAGGACCCAAAGUCGGGGCACUUGGAGCAGCCGGGCAGCACCAUUCUUACCCAGGAGUACCUAGUGCAGUAGGACACCCUGGAGGGUUUUCCUCACCGGUAUUCUCUCCCACUCCGCCAUUAUCAACAGCCAUUAAUGGCCUCCCCCCGCACAGCAGCACCAUGGCCCUACAGAAUGGGAACUCCAACAGUGGCAGGAAUGGUGGAAGCAGUAGUAGCAGCUGGCCGCCAGAGGGCAGCCAGUUAACCGCUCCGGCACCCAGCGAUUCCCAAGACGAUGAUCGUUUUGAGGCCAAGUGGGCGGCAUUGGAGGCCAAACCAGCACCUCAGCAGCCUGGGAAUAAGGCACCAGCUGCAGCAGCCAACCCAUUUUCAAACAAUCUUCAAAAGACUUUUGAGAUAGAGCUUUAAGUCUUAGUUGGCCUCUCAAAACUGUAGCUCUAGCCCUGGUGUUAAAGCCUGAGAAUGGCCGGCUUAGAACGGGUUGCAGGUCCUUAAAGUUAGCCUAGCAUCUGACCUGUGGCAGCCUAGCAACUUCCUAAAAGCUCUCAUAGGAGUCAAUGUUAUAAUUAUCUUAAUUGCUUUCUUUACACUCCCAUGAGAGCUUUAGAGGAAGUCGGCAGGUAGCUGGUCUGCCACUGGAGGAUCAGUUCUCUAGCUCACUACACUUGAGUGGAUCCUUCCACUCCACCCGCUACUGACCUCUCUUCCCUGCUUUCACUUCUCUACUCUGGCUUUACUUUACUUGCUGCAAGUCCCUAGAAGUACUAUAUGUGCCCCUCCCCCCUCCCCCCAGGAUAUAUGUUUGUGUGUUUGUGUGUGUGGGUGUGUGUGUGUGUGUGUGUGUGGGGGGGGGGCAGCUAGGUGGUUUCUAUCUUUAAAAGGGGACUCCACUCAGAUGCAUUCCAAACCCAUGAGAUGAAUUUUUCUGGAGAUUUUGGUGGAGAAUUUAGCAAAUAUGGCUACAUCACAAGACUUGCAGAGAAGAGAUUUGUUGAAGAGAUGUUGACUGAUGAUCUCAGCCAAGCACAGCAAAAGUUUGGAUACCUGAAAGGACUAUGGAAGGCGAUGAUGUAAGACCUGACUCAACCAACCUAAAAGGACUUACUGACUAAUAGUAGAGAUUUAUGGCCAAAUUAUUUUAUUUAUUGUAUUUUUAUUUUAACAAGUUAUGUAUACUUUUACAUUUUAAAGCAGUGUUUCAGGAGUGUGUUGUUUUUCCAUCCCUUAUAUUUAUUUUCGUUGACCUGUGAAGAGGAGGGAAACUACAGGUAGCAGAUGUGUGAUUGGGCAUCAGUGAAGGAAAAAGCAUUGUGGGAAACUGAGUCAUAUAACAGGAACCAAACAGUCAGGGCUGACAGUACAGCAGUGUGUAGUGUGACAUGUGAGACAGUGUAUAUAGUGGCAUGUUUCUUUCACCUGUUAGCCCUCACGUAUAUACGCUGCACUGCUUGUGAGGCCAGUUGAGUAAAUAUGGCUUCACUUUGGCUCUGUAGCCCAUUUCUGUUGCUUAAGCCUAUCUUCAAAGGUUACUGGGACAUGAUAAAUCACUUCAGGAUAUCCAGCACACAGACACUCUGGACAAUACAGCACAAGGACUUCAUCUUCUCCAGACAAACCCAUGAAACUUUAACAACUCAGUGGAAAAACUAUACAGCACUGUGCAACUAGUUGGAAAAAAUGAUGCACUACAUUCCAACAUUCGUAAUCCUUUAAUGUGUUCAAACACAGGGUAUAGUCUCAUCGUGUACAGUAUGAUUGUGUAUUCACCUCUAUUGUACUACUGUAUGCAGUAGCACUGCACUCAUUACAGAUUAUGGAAUUGAUGAUUAGAGGUAAAGAAAAGACGAAGAUGAGCAGACAUAAACCGAGGCAUAGCAAAUGAAAGGACUGAGUUAAAUUAAGGAUAUAUUCCGUAUGCAGAAUUAUUAAGGACAUUUGAUUGAGAUAUUAACAGGAAGAGAACAUAUAGCAGAAGAAUACAAAGUAGAUUGCGAUAGAAGGAUGGAUAAUCUGUAUGUGAGAGACUGAAGGAGAGAAUGGAGUCAUACCUUUAAAGAAUGAGAUGGAGGAAGUCUGAAGAAAGGGAAAUAUGAGGAUAUGAAAAAAAAGAGAUAAGAGUGAGAAAUGGAGUGUGUGAAAAUAUUGAGAACAAAGACACAUUCAUCACGUAGCCCACAACCUAAGCACUGUCUGCUGUUUUUUCAUCUUUUUUUCUCAAGGCCGAGCCACUUCAGCAUCAUGUUCCUCAGCUUCUCAAACAUCAGAAACAACACUUUUGAUCCCAUUUUAAAAAGAGGUUGCUUAUUGUAUAAUUGCAGUCUCAGUCUGAAGUAUGUGCAACUCAAUAAUGUCAACAGAGCUUUCUGUGUUUUUUACUUGUAGUUGAAAUCACAAAAGAAGAUGCAACAUUACAAAGCUUACAGGAACAUUACAGGUGGUUUCUGUAUGUUAUAUAAAAAGCAUAAGUAAUCUGACCGGAGAUGCUCCUGUUAUGUUCCUUGGGAAUUGAAUUGUAUGGAUAUGGACUGCCACUGAUUAGGUUUCCUGCUCUUUAACUGCCCUUAGUUUAAUUAACUUAUUCGGUAUCUUCCUGAGGCAGCGAUCCCGUCUAAAAUGCUGCCUUCUUAGAGAACUUAACUUGAUGUGCUACUGGCCUAAUUUAUAGCAUCUUGGCUCCGCCCAGGGUUUUUGUCCUUUGCUGUUUUCGGAUGAAUCAAUAUGUCUUUCCCACCAAAAACAAGUCCAAGUGGCUCUCUCUACCCUCCUCUCUCUACAAGACCAGACUGGUUCACUGAUGAAAUCAAUGCUUUUAUUUGAUUGAAAAUAUAUUUUUGCUCUCAACUCUUCUUUGCACGCCCUCCAAAUUUUAAAUGUAGGUUAGUUGUGUUCCGCGUUAAAGCAAACUAAAUGACCUCAUAAACUUGAUUGUAAAACCAUAGUUUAGUGAUGGUAACAAAGCAAACCAGUGGAAUUUAUUUUUAAUCUUUAUUUACAGAAUUUUUGUAUUUAAACCUACAUAUUUGUAUUGUAAUUACAUUGUAAAAAAGAUAAAUAAAAUAAUAUAAUAUUACUCCUGUU